AUGGCGUCCUCCGAUAUCCUGUCUCAGACUCUUCACACCAUCACAAGUGUGAAGCUCAACCAGUUGGAUAAGCAGAAGGCUUCAUAUGAGUCGGGAAAGCGAGCCCUGCUAGACGAUGCGGCCUAUGAGAUGGACAGUCGGAAAAGGGCGAAGCUCUUGGUUGAUCGGGUCGAGAGGCUUCCUGCCAUGGCACCCGUGGACGAUGGCUCACUACUAUCCAUCGAAAAUCUCAAGCGAUUCGUUCAGCAAGCCGAAUUUGACCCAUGCGUUUCCGACGACUUCCUCCACGACUAUGAGAACAGCUCGGCAAAAUACCGAUACGCCGAACUCUACGGCAAACUCGUCAACGAAUGGAUUUCUGCCGGGAAGGCUGCUGGCCAGGGAGCCGAGUCAGGGUUCGUCCCCGUGGGCAGGGAGGAGAUGCACCAACAGCGAGCGACGUGGGAGCGCUACGUUUUCCAUGCCAAGGAGACGAAUAGCCAGGCCAUCAAAAGCUAUCUUGAGAGCCUCUUCAUCUCACCCUCCAAGGACAUUCACCGGGCAUAUCUGGAACUGAAAGAGAACGUCAAGAAGUUUCAGGACACGUGGGACGACAAGACGCAUUUUGACGAGGACUCCCUGAUGAACACCAUCCGCGGCCUCCUCCGGACAGACACCCUCACGGACCAGAAGAGGACAACGCUCAAUGACUUUCUCAACAACAAGGUCGUUCUGUGCGAGAUCGCCGAUGUGCUGAACAUGCGGAUGCAAACCCGGCAGAACUGGGCCUGGGAUGGCGCGACUGAGGUCGACGUGCGACGGCAACUCAACGGACGCUACCGAUUCUACCCCGACGACGACCUCCUGCAGGCCAUCUUCAUUCACCAUAUCGGCAAGCUGUGGGCCGUCAAGAUACGCGGGUUCCUCGUCACAUUUCUCGAAAGCGCAGGCGUGGAAAAGGAUGCGACGAAGCCCAUGAGCAAGGAAGAUGUUCGCCGCCAACGAUUUUUCCUGAAAAAGGGGCCACGCAUUGAAAGCCCCGUUUCGGUGGAGAAGAAGCUCAAACAGCACUUCAAGUCGGAGAUCCUGCUGGAUCAGUUGCCGCAGACCUUGGCGGAGGAGCGAGGCGGCUACGGCUCGGACGGAAAGGAGAAGAAAGGCGACAGCCGCAAGUCGCACGUCGCCGUCGUGCAGAACCUCUUGCACCUUGUCCAGUCCGAAAUCAUCAUGCAGACGCGGCUCGGGAGCGACGUGACCGUCAUCCGGUCCGACCUGAAGUGGUUCGGCCCUAGCGUGCCGCACUCGUCCAUCUUCGCCGUGCUCGAAUUCUUCGGCGUCAACGACGAGUGGACCGGCCUCUUCAGGCGGAUGCUCGAGUGCCCUUUACGCUUCAGCGACGACCCGUCGGACGCGUCGCCCCAAGUACGGAGGAGAGGCACGCCCCUGAGCACGCCCCUGGCGGAUUUCAUUGCCGAGACUAUGCUCUUCUGCAUGGACUUUGCCGUCAACCAACGAGCCGAUGGUUGCCGCCUCUACCGGCUGCACGACGACAUGUGGCUAUGGGGCGGUCUCGAGACCUGCACCCGGGCGUGGGAGACGAUGACCGAGUUUGUCAACCUCACAGGGCUGGAGAUCAACUGGGACAAGACGGGAAGCGUCAGGGUCGCCGCCGCCGCCGCCGCGCCCCCGGUAGCCGGGUCGAACCAACACCAUCAGCAACAGCAACAGUCCAGGCCUCCGGGUACGGGUGCUACAACGACGGCACGGGGUCGUCUGCCAUCAGGCGAUGUCGUGUGGGGAUUUCUCAAGCUCGAUCCGACGUCUGGGCGUUUCCUCCUGGACCAGGACAAGAUUGACGUGCACAUUGACGAGCUGCGGCUGCAGCUGGAGGCGUGCAGCAGCAUCUUUGACUGGAUCCAGGCGUGGAACAUUUACGGCGCUCGCUUCUUCAAGACCAACUGCGCCCAGCUCGCCAACUGCUACUCCCGGCAGCACGUGGACAGCAUGCUAGCGACGUUCCACCGCAUCCAGGAGAGGCUGUUUGGCGCUGGCGGGGCCGGGGCGCACCUGAAGCGGCUCAUUGGCGACCGGUUCGGCGUCGAGGACAUCCCUGACGGUUACUUAUACUUCCCCGUUUCCCUGGGCGGCCUGGGACUCCAGAACCCCUUUAUACACCUCUACCUGAUCCGCGACGACGUCAUCGAGGACCCGGACGACAUCAUGGACGACUUUCUGGCAGAGGAGGAGGCAGAGUACAGGUUCAAGAAGGCGGCCUACGAGGAAGACACUGAGGGGGCCGGCGGCGGCGGCAGCGGGCCUGGUAGCAGCCUCGACAUCUCCGGGGCCCGACACCACGCGCCGUGGCUUCUCGCGGACGACUACAGAGACCUACGGGACCAGCCGUUCAUGAGCUACGAGGAGUUCUCGCGGCACCGGAGGCGCACGUCACCGGCGUUGAGCCGGGCUCUCGACAGGCUGCGGCACACGCCGGCCACCAAGGCGAUUGAGCUCAGGGGCGAGGUCGAGGCCGCGCUUAAGACCACGCCGGCGGGCUGGUAUGGGCUCAGCGGCUACGAGCAGUGGGUGUGCGGGCUCUACGGCAAGGACAUGGUCGCGCGGUUCGGCAGCCUGGUUGUCGUGGACAAGGGGGUUUUGCCCACAGGGCUGUUGGACAUGUUGAGGCAGAGCCGGUUCAAGUGGCGCGGCUGA